CGUCCGCCGGGACAGACGGCCGUGUUUUCUGUGUUUGUGGCGUGUGAAGUAGUAGCCGUGACGUGUGCAACGGAGUGCUCAGUUAUACUCUAUAGGUAUAGUGGUCGUCAUCCCGCCUGUCUGUGACAAACACCUUCCAACGGAGCGUCGCAACAGCAGAAGCUGUAAGCAUAUUGCCUUUUGUGGCCAGACGUAGCUGUAUAAGACGCACGUUGCUGUCCCGAGAAUGCCGCCCAACGUGACGUCUCCGGACAGGUCGCCAUGUGACGUCGGCGUCCCCCACAGCCCUCCCCCUCAGAAGGAGGAGGCCGACAAGCAGCCCGAGUACGAGUGGCGGAUCGUGUGGCGCAACGUGGUCGUGUUCAUCUACCUGCACGCCGCCACCGUCUACGGCCUCUACCUGGCGCUCACCGCCGCCAAGUGGGCCACCGUCUACUGGACCAUGCUGGUGGGCUGGAUGGCGACCACGGGCGUACAGGCGGGCGCCCACCGCCUCUGGGCGCACAGGUCGUACAAGGCCAAACUGCCGCUGCGGCUCGUGCUCGCCGUAUGGAACACCAUCGCCUUCCAGAACCACAUCUACGAGUGGGUGCGCGACCACCGGGUGCACCACAAGUUCACGGACACGGACGCGGACCCGCACAACUCGCGGCGCGGCUUCUUCUUCUCGCACAUCGGCUGGCUGAUGGUGCGGAAGCACCCGCUGGUGCGCGAGAAGGGCCGCCAGCUGGACAUGUCCGACCUGCGCCAAGACCCGGUCGUCAUGUGGCAGAUGAGGCUGUACCCAGUAAUCAUGCCGCUGUUCUGCUUCGUGCUGCCCGCCUGGAUCCCGGUGGCUCUGUGGGGAGAGAGCGGCUGGGUGUCCUGGCACCUGGCGUCCGUUCUCCGCUACACCGUCUCCCUCAACAUCACGUGGUGCAUCAACAGCGUAGCACACGUCUUCGGACAUCGCCCGUUCGACAAGUCGAUCAGCGCGACGGACAGCCUGGCGAUGGGCGCGUUCGGGCUGGGCGAGGGCUGGCACAACUUCCACCACACGUUCCCCGGCGACUACAAGGCGGCCGAGCUGGGCGGCGGCGCCGUCAACGCGACGGCCGCCUUCAUCCGGCUGAUGGCGGCCCUGGGCCAGGCGUACGACCUGCAGACGGUGCCGGCGGAGGCGCUGCGCGCCAGGGCGGGCCGCACCGGCGACGGCUCGCACCCCUCCGUGGCCGCCGGCAGGCCAGCGAUCAGCGCGGGCGGCGCAGACCCGCGCUACAGGGCGGGCAUCCGGCGCGCCGCCGGCGCAUGCAGCUAGCCGGCCGCGCCGCCGGGCUGCCAUCUAGCCCACAGUCAACGUCUCCUGUACUCCGAAAACGGAGCUGAAAGGCGACUAGCCCGUCUGCCGUACACGAAGUAUUUGUAAUUGGUCUAAACUUGUAUAUACUUUGACAUGUCCUUCAUCCUUGUAAAAAGAGAUCUACGGACGAAUAAAGCUACUAUUACUAAAGUCA